UCUGAUUCUCAUGGUUACGUUGUGAAUCUGUGCAGCAGUAUUUGUCCCGACAGACCCAGUCCUUGGAAAUGGUGAAGUCGUACCUCAAGUACGAGCGCUCCCAGUGCUUCGGCCUGGUCACGUCAAGCACCUCCAACAUUGUCUGGACCGCCAAGGACAAGUCAAGCGGUACCAGUGCCGGUCAGGCAGUUGUCGCGGCAAACGAAGAGGUUCUGUGCUGGGACAUCAAGAAGGGUGAACUGCUCAGCCGGUGGAGAGAUGACAACUGCUCCUCGCAGGUAACUGCGAUUGCGCAAAGCAAGACCGACCCAGACGUUUUUGCCGUAGGGCACGAGGAUGGUAGCAUCCGAAUCUGGGAUAGCAAGAUUGCGACGACGAUUGUAAACUUCAACGGCCACCGAUCGGCCAUCACACACCUCGCCUUCGAUCGAUCUGGCGUGCGCCUAGCAAGUGGUUCAAGAGACACCGAUGUCAUCAUAUGGGACUUGGUCGCCGAGGUCGGGCAGUUCAAGCUGCGUGGCCACAAGGAUCAAAUCACUGGCUUGAGCUUUAUUGAGCCGCAGGAAGAGCUGUCCGAAGACGAUGCUGGUCAGGCCAUGGUGCUCGAUGGUUCCGGCAGUGUUGCGGAGGGAUACCUCCUGACCACUUCUAAGGACUCGCUCAUUAAGUUGUGGGAUCUGAGCUCUCGCCACUGCAUAGAGACUCACAUUGCACAGAGCAAUGGCGAGUGCUGGGCGCUGGGUGUCUCGCCCGACUUCAGUGGCUGCGUGACGGCAGGGAAUUCUGGCGAACUCAAAGUCUGGGCUCUCGACACACAAGGACUGGCAGCCUCGCACCGCCAAGUCGACAUAUCUUCAGGCACCCAGUACCUGCGAGAGCGCGGUACCCUGAUGCGACAAGGCAAGGAUAAGGCCACCGUCAUUGUCUUCCACCCACGACGGGACUAUUUCGCUGUUCAUGGUUCAGAGAAGGCUGUUGAGAUAUGGCGCAUUCGGACCGAGGCGGAGAUCAAGAAGAGCAUUGCACGCAAGAAGAAGCGAAGGAGGGAGAAGAAUGCCCAGAAGAAGGACAAGAAUGCCGAAGGCGAGGCGGAAGGCCAGGAGGACGAUGACGAGGAGGACAUCAGCAGUGCAGACAUCACCGAUGCCUUCGCACAACAUCUCAUCAUUAGGACGACCGGCAAGGCGAGGUCAGUUGACUGGGCCGAUAAUUCUGGCAGCAAGACCAUUCAACUCCUUGUCGGCACCACCAACAACCAGCUCGAGCUGUACAGCAUGCCGCUCAAGGAGAGAAACUCGAGAUCCAAACAGGAAGAGAUGCCCGACUACACGAGGGCUCUUGCUGUUGAGCUCCCCGGCCACAGGGCCGACAUUCGAUCUCUGGCGCUCAGCUCGGACGACCGAAUGCUGGCCUCAGCCUCAAAUGGGAGUCUAAAGAUCUGGAACGUGCGCACCCAGAAUUGCAUUCGUACCUUCGAAUGUGGCUAUGCUUUGUGCUGUGCGUUCUUGCCUGGAGACAAAGUCGUGGUGGUUGGCACCAAGGGGGGAGAGCUAGAGCUGUUCGACGUUGCAUCUGCAGUUCUGCUCGACAGUGUUGCCGCCCACGACAAUGCCAUUUGGUCACUACAAGUCCACCCAGAUGGCAGGUCUAUGGUUUCAGGCAGUGCUGACAAGUCAGCCAAGUUCUGGAACUUCCAGAUCGUGCAGGAGCAAGUCCUGGGUACUACGAGGACGACGCCAAAGCUGAAACUCGUCCAGUCGAGGACACUCAAGGUCUCUGACGACAUUCUGAGUCUCAAGUACUCUCCCGAUGCGAAGUACCUGGCGGUGUCUCUUCUCGACAAUACCGUGAAGGUUUUCUUCGUGGACUCUCUCAAGCUCUACCUCAACUUGUAUGGGCACAAGCUGCCCGUUUUGAGCAUGGACAUCUCAUACGACAGCAAGCUGAUUGUCACUUGUUCGGCGGAUAAGAACAUCCGGAUAUGGGGUCUGGAUUUUGGCGAUUGCCACAAGGCGCUCUUUGCCCACCAGGAUAGUAUCCUGCAGGUUGCGUUUGUGCCACAAAACUCGGACGGCAGCGGCCACCACUUCUUCAGUGCCAGCAAGGACAAGACGAUCAAGUACUGGGAUGGUGACAAGUUUGAGCAGAUCCAGCGUCUCGACGGGCACCAUGGGGAGAUCUGGGCACUGGCAAUCAGCAAGACGGGCAACUUUAUUGUGUCAGCCAGUCACGACAAGAGCAUCCGCGUGUGGCAGGAGACGGACGAGCAGAUCUUCCUGGAGGAAGAGCGAGAGAAGGAGAUUGAGGAGCUGUACGAGAGCACGUUGACGACAUCGCUCGAGCAAGACCCCGAUGCAGAGGAUGCAAACGGCGAGGUCGGUGCGGCCGGCAAGCAGACGAUUGAGACGCUGAUGGCAGGAGAGCGGAUAUCCGAGGCGCUCGAGCUGGGCAUGGCGGAUCUGCACAUUGUGCAGCAGUGGGAGGAGGACAAGGCCAAGAACCCGAACAUUGCGCCGCCGCAGCGCAGCGUCGUCUUCAUGGCCCUGGGCAACAUCAGCGCCGAGGAGUACGUCAUGUCGGUGCUGCAGAAAGUCAAGGCGUCGGCGCUGCACGACGCGCUGCUGGUACUGCCCUUUGCGACGGUGCCGAUCCUGUUCACGUUUAUCAACCUCUUUGCGCUGCGGUCGAUGAACAUCCCGCUGACGUGCCGGAUCCUGUUCUUCAUGCUCAAGACGCACCACCGGCAGAUUGUGGCGAGCCGGACGAUGCGGGCGAUGUUGGACGGGAUACGGACGAACCUGCGACGCUCGCUGAAGCGGCAGAAGGACGAGAUGGGGUACAACAUGGCGGCGCUCAAGGUUGUGGGCAUGCAGAUCCGCGACCAGAGCGUCAAGGAGUACGUGGACGAGAAGUGGGAGGAGGACGAAAGCCAGAACAACAAUGUCAAGAAGCGGGCAUUUGUGCAGGUGUCUUAGAGGAGCCGUCGCGAAAGCUGCAGAGGGAAGAGUCGUGAGUUCUGAGGAGCCGCACGUGUAUAUACUCAACUAGACUACUCUGGACAUAGAAUCAAGCAGUACUGUCGUUUUCCCC